ACUCCAAGGAAAGUCCUUGUUCUUCCUUCUAUCUUAUGCAGUUGGCUUCCCUCCCCAAGUAAAGUUACUCUCCUUCCAUCGCCAUACGUGAAACCCAAAAAAGAUGACCUUAAGAGACCCAAUUCUGCUUCUAUUAGCACUCUCUGUAUUCUCAUUGAACAGAGUAGUUCACGCUUCCACAAAGUGUAACAGAAGAUGCGGAAACAAUGAAGUCUUUUACCCAUUUGGGUUCUCUGAUGGUUGUCAAAUCCGUCUGAAUUGCACAGAAAAAGGAGAAAGAGUUAUCAAUGGAUUCACCGUCCAAUCCUUAACCACUGAUAGCAUCAAAGUCGCCAUUGGAGCUCAAUGCUACCGUUCACCAAGUAUCCUGCACAAUCUCUACACCCAAAACUAUGCUCCAACGAAUAGUAAUGCAAUUCUACUGCAUAGUUGUAGCAGCACAGCUAUGCUUUGUGUUUUGCCUUCAAUUGAUAUCAAGACCCGAUUCGAGGGGCUUGAUUGUGAUUCAAACAACAGCAGCAAUAUCAGUUGUUAUUCAGAUAGUGGUUCCAGUGGGUUCUUGAAUUAUGACAGCAUGACUCAAAUUGGGUGCCAGUACUUGUUAUCAGUGAUAGCAACACAAGAUGUUGAUCCUCAUUCCUUUAAUGACUCCGGCGUGUCUAUGGCUCUUCGGGUGGUUGAGCUUGGGUGGUGGCUUGAAGGGAAUUGUGAUUGUUCUGCUAAUGCUUGUAUUCUAUUGAGAACUCCGUCCGGCCGGAGCGGUUAUCGGUGCCAGUGCAAGGAAGGAUAUGAAGGAGAUGGGUAUCCCGGCAGCACCGGCUGCCGGAUUAAAGAUGGAUCGAAACGGAAGCUGAAGCUUCGUAUAGGAAUUGGUGCCACUUUUUUAGGCAGCAUAGGCAUUAUAAGCACCGUGAUACUAAUUUGCAGCAUUGUUUUCUGCAUUAAACGAAAGAUGCUAUCAAAUAAAGAUGAUCAAGAACUCGAGGCAAUUAUUAACGAUUUUGGUCCUUUACCUCUGAAAAGAUAUAGUUUCUCAUAUAUAAAGAAGAUCACCUGCUCUUUGAAAGACAGACUAGGAGAGGGGGGUUAUGGGUGUGUCUACAAAGGAAAACUACUCGACGGUUGUCUUGUUGCAGUUAAGGUUUUGAACAAUACAAAAGGGAAUGGACAAGAUUUUAUGAAUGAGGUUUUGAGCAUUAGCAGAACUUCCCAUGUCAACAUCGUCACUCUUUUGGGAUUCUGUUUAGAAGGAAGCAAGAGAGCCCUCAUAUACGAAUUUGUGUCCAAUGGGUCUCUCGAAAAGUUUAUAUAUAACAAGAGUAACACAAAUACCAAUCACCAUUUCUUGGGAUGGGAAAGUAUGUACCGAAUUGCAGUCGAGAUUGCUCAAGGGCUCGAGUACUUGCACCGAGGUUGCAAGACCAGGAUUCUGCAUUUUGACAUAAAGCCUCACAACAUUCUUUUAGACGAAGACUUUUGUCCGAAGAUCUCUGAUUUCGGGUUAGCAAAACUUUGCAUUAAGAAAGAAAGUAUUGUGUCAAUCCUUGAGGCUAGAGGCACCAUCGGGUAUAUUGCUCCAGAACUGUUUAGUAGAAAUUUUGGAGGAGUUUCACAUAAGUCUGAUGUUUAUAGCUAUGGAAUGAUGAUCCUUGAGAUGGUUGGAGCGAGAAACAACACAAACAUCAAAGGAGAAAAUAGCAGUGAGACAUAUUUUCCACAUUGGAUCUAUAAACGACUUGAGGAAGAAAAUUAUUUCAGAUUGAAUGAUUGUGCCAUGACUGAAUUGGAAAAUGAAGCUGCAAGGAAGAUGGUCUUGGUGGGUCUGUGGUGCAUACAAACCGAUCCUUCACAGAGGCCUAAUAUCAGUGAGGUCUUAGAUAUGUUGAAGGGAAGCAUUGACAAGUUCCAAAUCCCACCACGACCUUUCGUAGCUUCUCCUGCAAGAUCGCUGCUAUUAGAGUCUUGUAGCUCGUCAAUUUUGUGACAACAAAUGUGUACACCUUGUAGAAAAACGAACUCCAUAUUGUCAUGAUCAAGCGUGUAGCAUUUAUCCUUCUUUUUUUUUUUUGUAAUGCAUGAGGUUAUGUCUAAUAAUUUUUUGAGGAAGGGAUAAUUAAGCAUGUAAACUUUCUUAGCACCUUGUAGUCAUUAGUUUUGUAAUCGAAACCAAGUUUGUUUGGCGAACAUAGCGUCUUCUACACAAGGUUGGUGCUCGGAACUGUGUUUUUUUGGGAGACCUUCACAAAAA